AUGCUGGAGCUCUGUGCAAACCAGACUCUGAACGAAUUCAUGAGGCGCCGUCCCCCUAAACGGCUUGCAGAACCAGAGGCGAUUUUUUACGUCUACGAGCUCGUCCUCGCUUUGCAGUAUCUGCAUCGUCGACGAGUCAUUCACAGGGAUUUGAAGCUGGGCAAUCUAUUCCUUGACCACUCCAUGCGAUUGAAGGUGGGUGACUUUGGCCUAGCGGCACAGCUCGAAUACGAUGGAGAGAGGAAGCGGACCAUCUGUGGCAGCUGGUCUGACAACUGGAGAAUACGCCUCUUUGCCACCGGUCACCCGUGUCCGUCAUGA